GUUUUCAUCAACAGCCGCCAUUUUGCGCUGGAGAGACUGAGAAGUAUUUCGGAAUUUGUCGUGUAAAUUUUCUGUUUUUUCUAAAUCAUUUUAUCAUAAACUUGUCCAUUCCCUAUAUUUUCAAGUGUUAAGUGAAAUAGUGUAAGAGGAUCGCUAAAAUAAGUUCAAUAAAGUAGCAAAAAUCUGGUGAUAUUGUUUUCAUUUAUUGUGCUAGUUCCGUCGGAAGAUGGUGAGAGGGUCUGUGUAGCUCUUCGAUUCGGAGCUUUGUAAUGGCGAAUACUUGAGUGAGAAAUUUUAAUAUGUGCCUUCAAUGGUUCGAAGGACAUCGAACGAUCGGGAUGUGGGUGAAUUAUAUUGUGAUGAAUGACAAAUCGCUCUAAAAUGUUGUUUUUUAAAGAUAUUAGACAUAAAAGUGUUAUUUGAAUCGGCGGGCCGAAAUAUUCACGACGGCUUACGUUUAGUAAACAGAGCCAUGGCCGAUCAUCAUGUGGAUGAGCCGCCAAAUAAGCGGGCAAAAAUGAUCCGGGACCCGUUUCAGGGUCCAUCGGACACCGCGGCAGAUGGGUUUUCGAACCUGGACAUGUUCGACCUUGAAAAGGAUCUCCCUGACGAGUUGAUGGGGGGUUCUUGGGGUGAACAGCCCGGUGUCACAGGCCCAAAGCCUCCAGCCCAAGGUCCAGGGCCUGGGGGGCAAAUGGGUCAGCAGCAGCUGAAUGGGGAUGAUCCUACUGCUGCAAUGCAACGGCAAAUCAAUAAUCAUCUUAUACAACAAGGCAAUAAGAGUGGCUUAGUUGGCCACAACAACCCGUUAACUCUGGGUAGCUUAGGUAGUAAGAGUCCUAAUCUUCAAUCGCCGCCUAACGUCUCCGUUUCUAAGGAUCUCAUGGGAGGGAUGCAUCAGCAACUUAUACCAAAUACCAGUCAUCCCAAUCAAAUGCAUUCCACUAUGCCUAUGAGUUCUAUUCAAGCUGGUAUGAAUGUAGCAAAUGUGGGUGGCAACAUGGUGGUGACAAACAGCAAUAUGUCUGGUGCUGGUAUGCUGGGAGGUGGAAUGAUCAACAAUGUGAACAAGCAGCUGCCGACCCUCAUGGGUAAUAAUCACCACCCAAAUGCCCAACAUCAUCCUCAUGCUCAGGCAAUUCAGAACGGGCCGCUGGGCGGGCGGGUCGUCGGCGGCGUGGGCGUCGGCGUCGGCGUGGGCGUGGGCAUGCAGGCGCCCAUGCGCUCCGGGCUCGGGCAGGGCGUCGUGCACGGCAUGUCGCACGCGCGCGCUGGCGGCGGGCACCCGCUCGUGCCGUACCACCCGCCGUACGGGCAGCCGGCGGCCGGCGGCGUGCAGCGCGCGGCCGGCGUGCGCUUCGGCGCGCCGCCCGAGGCGGGGGGCGGCGCCGCGCAGGCCGUGCCGCCCGCGCCCUCCCCGCAGACGCCGGGCGCGCCCGCCGGCGGACAGUCACAGCCUCAGGCGGCGGCGGCGCCGGCCGCGCCGAGCACGGGCUCGAUCGCGGACCCGGAGAAGCGCAAGCUGAUCCAGCAGCAGCUGGUGUUGCUGCUGCACGCGCACAAGUGCCAGCGCCGCGAGUCGCAGGCCAACGGCGAGACGUGGACGUGCACGCUGCCGCACUGCAAGACGAUGAAGGGCGUGCUCAACCACAUGAUGUCAUGUCAGGCGGGAAAAAACUGUGCAGUACCUCACUGUUCAUCAUCAAGACAAAUCAUCAAUCACUGGAAACAUUGCAAUAAGAAUGACUGUCCUGUCUGUCUACCACUCAAACAGGCAGAUAGGACUAGAUCUAAUACUAUGAAUGCGGCCGCCGUGUCCCACGCUACAACGGGCGUUGGCGUGGGCGUGGGCGUCAGUGGCGUGGGCGGCGCGGGCGCCAGCGUCGGCGGCGUCAGCGUCAACGUGAACGCGCAACCGCCUAACACGCUUCCGCCCGUCAACCCGUUACAAGCUGGCGGGAACGUAGCGUCAAACGCGUCGAACGCGAACGCGGGUGGCGUGGGUGUGGGCGUCGGUGCCGGUGUGGGCGUGGGUCCACCGGAGCUAAAGCGUGCUUACGAGGCGCUGGGGCUGGGCAUCUGCCCCACGUCGGGCAUGGGCUACGCCCGAGCGCCGCUCGCCCGCCUCGCCGCGCCGCACCAGCCCGUGCAGCAGCUGUUCCACCAGCAGCAGGACGUGCAGCAGCAGCAGCUCGGCGCUGGCGCGCUGCAGCUGGGCGGCGGGCCAGUGACGGCCAACCCCGUGUCGGGCACCAAGGAAUGGCACCAGUCUAUAACACCUGAUCUCAGAAACCACCUCGUGCAUAAACUGGUUCAAGCCAUUUUCCCGACACCCGACCCCACGGCAAUGCAAGACAAACGUAUGCACAAUUUAGUUGCAUACGCGAGAAAAGUAGAAGGCGACAUGUAUGAAAUGGCUAGUACGCGCUCGGAAUACUAUCAUUUACUAGCCGAAAAGAUUUACAAAAUUCAAAAAGAAUUGGAGGAAAAACGUCAGAAGAGAAAGGAGCAGCAGUUGCAAGCGCAGCAGGCGCAACAGCAACAGAACCAAUUGCAGCAGCAGCAGACUGGGGUUCUGCCUGGUGGAGGUGUGAUGGGUGGCGUGAGGCCCACAGCGCCGGUGGUGGGCGUGGGCGUGGGUAUCGGCGUGGGCGUUGGAAGGCCCAGCCUACCCGCGCAAGCCGGCUUGCCUGCCAUGCGUAUACCUUCGCCCGGUAUGAAUCUGCCUAUGUCAGCGAAUAGAAUGACGUAUCAACCUAACCUCGUUGGACCGCCGGGCCCUAGUCCAAAUCAGAUGCCGCAGACGCCGAACGGCGGCACAGUGGGCGUGGGCAGCGUGAGCAACGUGAGCAACCCGGGCAUGUCCCCGUUCGGGCAGCCCAUCCCGUCGCCGGCGCAGUACUCGCUGCAGAGCAACGGGCCCGCGCUCGCGUCGCCCUCGCACCAGCCCGACAAGCGGCUCGCGAGCCCCUUCAUGAGCGGCGCGUUCCGCGAGCUGCCCUCCCCCGCGCCCACCACGCCGCACGCGAGCCCCGCGCCGCCCGCGCCCACCACGCCGCGCCCCGCGCCCGCGCCGCCCCUGUCGGAGGUGUUCGAGCUGGAGAUAGACCCGGUGAUGCAGUCGCUGGGCUACUGCUGCGGCCGCAAGUACACGUUUAACCCGCAGGUGCUCUGCUGCUACGGCAAGCAGCUCUGCACCAUCCCCAGGGACGCGAAGUACUUCAGCUAUCAGAACAGAUACACCUUCUGCCAGAAAUGCUUCAACGACAUCCAGGGCGACACCGUCACGCUCGGCGACGACCCGCUGCAGCCGCAGACCGCGAUCAAAAAAGAUCAAUUCAAGGAGAUGAAGAAUGACCAUUUGGAACAAGAACCGUUCGUAGUGUGUACGGACUGCGGGAGGAAGCAGCAUCAGAUAUGCGUGCUGCACCACGACUCGAUUUGGCCUCAAGGCUUCUGCUGUGAUAAUUGUUUGAAGAAGAAGGGGGCCAAACGGAAAGAUAACAAAUUCAGCGCUAAGAAACUGCCGACAUCGAAACUUGGCAUAUUUAUUGAGACUAGAGUGAAUAAUUAUCUUAAGAAAAAAGAGGCUGGUGCUGGCGAAGUGCAUAUCAGGGUGGUCGCGUCGUCGGACAAGGUUGUUGAAGUGAAGCCAGGAAUGAGAUCGCGAUUUGUAGAAUCCGGGGAGUUAGCGUCAGAAUUCCCCUAUAGAGCGAAAGCGUUAUUUGCAUUUGAAGAAGUAGAUGGUAGUGAUGUAUGUUUUUUCGGAAUGCACGUGCAGGAAUACGGGAGCGAAAGUCCGUCGCCGAAUACGAGGCGUGUAUAUAUAGCAUAUCUAGAUUCUGUACAUUUCUUCCAACCCAAGCAGUACCGUACUGCCGUGUAUCACGAAAUACUAUUAGGUUAUUUGGACUACGCCAAACAAUUAGGCUACACUAUGGCCCACAUCUGGGCCUGUCCGCCUUCAGAAGGCGACGAUUAUAUCUUUCACUGCCAUCCGCCUGACCAAAAAAUACCCAAACCGAAGCGAUUGCAGGAGUGGUAUAAGAAAAUGUUAGAUAAAGGAAUUAUAGAAAGGAUAAUAUUAGAUUAUAAAGAUAUUCUAAAGCAAGCCAUGGAGGACAAUAUCUCGUCGGCGGCGGAGUUGCCGUACUUUGAGGGUGACUUUUGGCCGAAUGUUUUAGAAGAGUCUAUAAAGGAGUUAGAUCAAGAAGAGGAGGAGAAGAGAAAGCAGGCUGAAGCCGCCGAAGCAGUGGUAUUUCAGUCAUCAGAAGAAAGCGAACAAGGCCCGGACGGCAAGAAGAAGGGGCAGAAGAAAGCAAAGAAGUCGAACAAAUCGAAAGCAGCUCAAAGGAAGAACAGUAAAAAGCAGAGUGACCAGCAGCAGGGCAGCGACUUGAGCGCCAAGAUCUUUGCCACCAUGGAGAAGCACAAGGAGGUGUUCUUUGUGAUUCGGUUGCACUCCGCGCAGUCUGCCGCUAGUUUAGCUCCAAUUCAAGACCCCGACCCGUUAAUAAACUGUGAUCUGAUGGACGGUCGCGACGCCUUCCUCACUAUGGCGCGCGACCGACACUACGAAUUCUCGUCGACGAGGCGAGCAUUCUUCUCGACGCUCUGCAUGUUGUACGAACUGCACAACCAAGGACAAGACAAGUUCGUGUACACGUGCAACAGCUGCAAGUCGCACGUGGAGACCAGAUACCACUGCACCGUGUGCGACGACUUCGACCUGUGCGUGCCCUGCUACGACAAGGAGGGCCACCCGCACAAGAUGGAGAAGCUCGGCUUAGAUCUCGACGUCGGCUCGUCGCCGGGCGACAUGAAGCAGGCCAACCCACAGGAGGCGCGCAAGCUGUCCAUCCAGCGGUGCAUCCAGUCGCUGGUGCACGCGUGCCAGUGCCGCGACGCGAACUGCCGGCUGCCGUCCUGCCAGAAGAUGAAGCGCGUCGUGACGCACACGAAGAUCUGCAAGCGGAAGACGAAGGGCGAUUGUCCCAUCUGCAAGCAGCUGAUUGCGCUGUGCUGCUACCACGCGAAACACUGCCAGGAGAGCAAGUGCUCGGUGCCGUUCUGCAGCAGCAUCAAGCAGAAGCUGAAGCAGCAGCAGGUGCAGCAGCGCGUGCAGCAGCAGCAGCUCCUGCGGCGGCGCAUGGCGGCUAUGAACACGCGCGGCGGCGCAGCCGGGCCCAGCUCGCCGCCGCCCGCGCCGCCGCUCGCCUCGCCGCCGCCCGCCAAGCCCGCCGCGCACGCGCUGCCGCACAACGUGCAGAAGGCGCUGCAGCAGUGCAAACGGAUUCAGGUGCAAGAGGAGGCGGCGCGGCAGCAGGCGCCGUCGUACGGCAAGCAGGGCGCGAUGGGCCCGCCGGGCGGCGCGCGCGCCGACUGGGCCGCGCGCUACCGCGGCCCGCCGCCGCUGCACCACGCGCCGCACCACGCGCGCCUGCCGCACGCGCCGCACCACGCGCCGCACGUGCAGCACCCGCCGCACCCGCACCCGCCGCAGCAGCAGCGCGCGGGCGCGCCGGCGGCGGCGUCGCAGCCGCAGCACAUGCAGCAGAAGGCGCUGCAGCAGCUGAUGGCCACGCUGCGCUCGCCCACCAGCCCCAACCAGCAGCACGAGAUCCUGCAGAUACUCAAGUCCAACCCGCCGCUCAUGGCCGCCUUCAUCAAACAGCGCGCGCAGAACGCCCAGAACCAGCAGCAAGCGAGCGGAGGCGUCAGCUCCGUGAGCUCAGUGGGCGGCGUGGGCGGGCACGUGGCGCUGGGCGGCGUGCAGCAGCCGCAACAGUUGCAGCAUAUGAUGCAGCCGCAGCAGCAGCGGUUGCAGCAGAUGCACCAGAUGAUACCACAACAAGGCCAGGUCGGCGGAGUGUCGAACGUCGGCGGCGUCGGAGGCGUCGGCGGCGUAGGCGGCGUGUCGAACGUGGGCCUCGGCGGCAUGGCGGGCGGCGGCAACGCGUGGUUCAAGCCGCAGGGGCCGGUGGGCGGCGGCGUGGGCGGCGUGGGCGGCGUGGGCGGCGUGGGCGGAGUGGGCGGCGUGGGCGCGGUGGGCGGCAUGGGCGGCGUGAUGGGCAUGCGCGGCGCGUACGCGAGCUCGGCGGCGCCGCGGCUGGCGGCGCGCUACUUCCCGGGCGCGGUGCAGCGCUCGCCGCCCGCCACGCCGUCGCCGCGGCCGCCGACGCCGUCCGAGCUGCUGCUGCUGCGGCAGUCGCCCGCGCCGCCCGCGCCGCACCCGCCCGACGACCAGCUGCCGCCGAUGACGCCGCAGGACCAGCUCACCAAGUUCGUGGAGCAGUUGUAGUGUACAUAGCGCCGGCGGGGCCCUGUACCAUAUAGCCUAGCCCCCGCCCCCGCCCCCGCAGAGAGACCCCUCCCCUUAUUUAUUGAUAUCGUCGCGAAGGACGUGUUAGUAUUACGAUGAACGAAUCGAGCGCUCAAUGUACAAAAUGUAAAUAUGAAAUGAGUACAUCCUGUCCGCUUUUACGUAAUUAUAAGUUGUUCGUACUGUAGGUACAUUAUGAUACUUAUUCUGUUUAUUGUAAUUAAAUCAUUUUAUAAUAUAAUUAUGUGAUAUUAUA